GCUCAGACCCAUCAUGCCAUGCCACUGACUGCAAUCUCCAGCAUCUUAGCCAGAGCACAGAAAAACUAGAGAACUUCUAGACUAAAGGAGUGAUUGAACACCAGGAGAGCCUUCACCGAGAGCUUGGGGACUCUCUGCCAGGAAAUUCUUUCCAAAAGCCAGCCUGUGUCAUGAUGUACCCUGCCAGCCCCGGGUCUGGAGACUCCCCAGAAGGCUUCUCGGAACAACAACGACUCCAGCCACGAAUGAGAGGUCAGGCGCUUCAGGCACUGCCUCCCGGGAUGCGGGAAAUAAUGACAACAGCUGAUGCCUUUCUUACAUGCCGGAAGAAUGUCCUGGCGAAGAGCUCACCCCCCCAGGCCGAGGGGGAGUUUGCUCUGUCUCCAGAAGAGGAGAGAGAAGGCCUGCUGCAGCAGUGGCGAGAAGAAGAGGCCAACAGGUUGCUCUCGCCCGCCGGCGGGGGUGCUUGUUUGGAGAAGGGGCUGGCCCGUGGGGAAGGCAGUUUGGCACUCCUAAUGGCCAGCUCCGUGGAGCAGCAGGACGUGGCUUCGGAAGACAAGUGGUCCAGCGUGCAGCUCAGUGACCUCCGCACUCUGGUGCUCGGAGAACCUUACCCCGGGGUGCAGCAGGAAGAGGGGCCUUUCCCCAAAGCGGACGCAGACACGUGGGUGGCCAUCCCCACGCCACCGGACCGCCAGUUUCCAGACUGCGAGGCCCCUCCCGAGGUUGCCCUGUGUACGGACCAGUGGGAAGAAGGUCCUGCCGUGGCAUCUUGGAGCUUAGCGCCCGAGUUGGGGCCGGAAGGGGAAGCGUCCGGUUGGCCCUUCGAGGGUUUGGAGUACGUGCCGGCUCCUUCGCUGGAAGUACCUUACCACGAAAUCUUGUGGCGCGAAUGGGAGGAACUCUCCCCGCAGCCAGAGGCUCGGCAGGGGCUGCCGGCGGGGAACUGCUCUCCGUUCCAGUUCACCGUCAUGUCCUACAACAUCCUCGCCCAGGACCUGGUGCAUCAGUGCCCGGAGCUCUACCUGCACUGCCACCCCGACGUCCUCAACUGGGACUAUCGCUUCGCCAACCUCUUGCAGGAGUUCCAGCACUGGGACCCGGACAUCCUGUGUCUCCAGGAAGUGCAAGAGGAUCACUACUGGGAGCAGCUGGAGCCGGCCCUGAGGAUGAUGGGCUUCACCUCUUUCUACAAGAGGAGGACCAGGUGCAAGACGGAUGGCUGUGCCAUAUGCUACAAGCACACCCGCUUCCGCCUGCUCUCCUCGAGCCCCGUGGAGUAUUUCCGGCCUGGACUGGAGCUCCUCAACCGCGACAACGUGGGGCUGGUGCUCCUGCUGCAGCCGCUGGUCCCGGAGAGCUCGGGCCCCGGAGCCACGGGGCCCCUGUGUGUGGCCAACACCCAUCUGCUGUACAACCCCCGCCGGGGGGACAUCAAGCUGGCCCAGAUUGCCAUCCUCCUGGCCGAGGUGGACAAGAUGGCGAGGCUGGAAGACGACAGCUACUGCCCCAUCAUCCUCUGUGGCGACCUGAACUCCGUCCCCAACUCACCGCUCUACGACUUCAUCCGGAAGGGGCGGCUCCGGUACCGAGGGAUUCCGGUGUGGAAGGUGUCUGGGCAGGAAGACUUCUCCCAUCAGCUUUACCAGAGAAAGCUGUCCACCCCUCUGUGGCCCAGCUCUCUGGGCAUCUCGGAUAGCUGCCAGUACACCGCAUCCUGCCUCCCAAAGAUUGCCGAGAAACGCAAGUAUAACCGGGACUUCCUGCUGAGCUUGCGCUUCUGUGACAUCGCUUGCCAGCGGCCCAUGGGGCUGGUCCUGUUAGAAGGAGUAACCGACGCCACUUCAGAGCGUCCCAAGGGCUGGUCCCGGUCUAUCCCUGAGGCAGACUCUAAAGACCUCCAACCUUUCCUCCCCAGUACCGCAGACACUCUCCAGCACAGCCUCCGCCUGACCUCUGUCUAUAGCCACUUCCUGCCCCAGCAGGGCUGCCCUGAGGUCACCACGGUGCCCUUGGGCCUGGGUGCCACGGUGGAUUACAUAUUCUUCUCAGCCAAGCCUUCGGAGGACGGGCCCGGAGCCAGCCAUGACCGGUCCUGGGGCAGAGCCCUGAAGCUGCUCGGCCGCCUCUCCCUCCUGUCCGAAGAGGUCAUCUGGGCUGCUAAUGGCUUGCCGAACCCUUUCUGCUCUUCGGACCACCUCUGCCUGCUGGCCAGCUUCGAGGUGGAGGUUGCCGCCCCAUGAAGGGGCUGUCAGGGAAGAAGGGUUUCUCCUCCAGACGAUACCAUUAGAUUGGAGACCGGAAACCUCAAGUUCUGCGUUCUUAAUGCCCGGGCAGCGCCCCUGCCCCACUGCAUCCUCCAACUCGGCUGGCUUUUCCCACCCUUCCCAAGUCUCCCACCACCCCCAGUCCCUUCCUUCUAGGCCUCCCUCACUCUGGGAGAUUCUCCCCUUUCUACUGUUGGCCCAGCUCUCUCCUCCACCCCUGUGGACCAGGGUUGCCAGCGUUUUUGAUCUCAUUGGUUGUUUGCUUCCAGUCAGUGCUCAGUAAGCUCACACCCCUCAUAGCUGCCAGCCGCCAGCAGUUAUUCAGUCCCACCCAGCGGCCCCCCUCCCUACACCUCCCUCAGUGGCCCAUCGGGCUGGCACUGUGUGUACACGACAAUGCUUUCCCCCACAAUGGGUUGUUGCUGCGAGGGUCAGGACUGCCCCCUCUUUCGCCCUGCCCACCUCGUUCUGUCUGGGAAUUGGUCUCCUGGGAGGAGUGGACACUUUGUAGUCUGAGCUCCUCGCUGCAGAGCUUCGGGGGCUGCGCCUGAAGUCGCCCCUUCCUCCUGUGGUCCCUCUCUGGUUUGCUUCGGUGUGCGCUGCCCCCUAAAAUGUUGACUCUCAGCUUCUCAGAGCAUAGGAAUCCACACACAGGGAGCCCUUCUGAAGCUCCCUGGAGCCAUCAGGCGAAGGGGCUAGGGGAGCUGAGGUCUGACAGACACGUGGACCGUAAAUGGCUCCCCGCCAGCGAUGCUUCUGCGAUGCCCGGUCUCCCUCUCUUAGGGCAGACUGAAACUUUGGAGCUAAGGUGGAUGUAGCACAAGUGGGAGUUGGAAAGAGUCGAGCUCAUGGACUAAAGCCAAAGAGAGGCUUGGGACCCGAAACCCAGUGUGACUGGGGGGCUCAGGUAUCGGGGGGCGGGAAUUGGGGAGGGCUUUGCCGAGGGGAUCAACCUAGACCCUCCACUGAGGCUGAAGCCCGAGGUCUGGAGAGUGAAGCCAGAGCUGCUUCUGUUUCCCUUCCCCCUCCCCUCCUUCACCCAACAAACUGUGUUCUGCCGGAGAGGCCAUACCAAGGAGAUUCCACAUCCCCUUUAUUAGUGGGAGAUUUCUGUAUUUGGGGGCAGAAUCUGGGGUAGAGCUGGGGUUGGGGAUGUGUUGUAGGGAACCCGGCUGGGCUCUGGCCUCUGGACAGUGCUUUGCUGGUCAGCCAAGCGGCUGACUCUUACUGCCCAACCCCCCGGGCAGCGGCAAAGACCCCCAGGGCGUUCCCCUGGGUCUCUGGUGCUUGGGUGAGGCUGGGCUUCCCACGUGCAAUGGUCCUACUGGCUUAUAUUUGGGUCAGGGCCUUUGAGGGGCCACUGGGGCAUGGUUUGGGGGUGUCGAUGUCCUCACUGCUCCGGGGUGGGGAGGCUAGGGGGGGAUUGGUCUCCCCUAAGGACUGUGGUUGGACCUGCUUGCCGCCUCGCUUCUUCAAGUGACAUCUUCGCUCGGGCAGUAGCCUUUCUAAGGAAAGCAGGCCGAUUGCGCUCCUGCCCCAUCCCUCCUUGUUCCAAGCCUCAACCUUCAGUGCCGGGCCUGGGGUCAGGCCCACAGGGUGUCCAUCUGGGCUCGGCCUGUUUCUGUUUUGGGAAAGGAAGAAUCUUGAAUGCUAAUUAAAAGUUAUUUUUUUUUAGUA